AUGACUUGGAUUGGCCCCGGCUUGGUGCAAAACCAAAAGUUUGGAAUUGUUCCAUGCCUGCUCCCAGGGAACCCUGGACCGUCAUCAGGGGUAAGAAACCUAUGGGAACCACUCCCGAACUCCUCCAUCUGGCUCUACUCCUCCCCAGAGGCCAUCCGACUGGGUAACAGGUUCGGAGUACUGGGAAAAAUGAACAAGAACCCAUCCAACAACUCGGAGCCUCCUGCCGAUCCUGCCCCGGCAUCACUGAAGCUCCUGUCCUCGGGUCCAGUCGGAGCCUCUGCCACCGGCUGGGAGCAGAUGGACACCGCGCACUGCUUUGGCCCACUGCUUUGGCCCACCUCAUCCAGGGGAAGGAGCCCUGUGCUGCCAGGUGACCCACAGCCCCAGCCUACCCCUCUGGUGAUGGGGGACUCCAUUAUCCAGAACAUCCGAUCUGGCUCAGCAAUAACUUGCCGUUUUCCCAGAGCUACAGUCCGCAACAUCGCCAGCACAGCCACUGAAGUCAUCGCGACCAGACCAGGCGUUUCAGUCGGCGGCUGGUGCUGCACACCUGGCUGUCACCAGCCUGGUCAACUUCAACCUGUUCUGGUGCAGGUAAACAAGUCACCACACUCCUGUCAACUCCCUCUGAUCAGUCCUACUACUAUUGAUGUCCCCCAGGUCCUAGCACCAGCAAGAUUAGACUCCCUAUUCCUGUGA